CGGCCCGGCCCCGGCGGAGCAAUGGCGGCGGCGGCGCGGCGGCGUCCGGGCGGGCGCUGGGCGCUCUGCCUGUGCCUGUGUGCGGCGCUGCUGCCGCGGCCGGCGCGGGGCCUCACCGACCGCCUCUACUGCGGCCGCCGAGUCUGCUACGAGGUGCUGGGAGUCAGCCGGCAGGCCAGCAAGGCGGAGAUCGCCCGCGCCUACCGGCAGCUGGCCCGGCAGUACCACCCCGACCGCUACCGCGGGGAGCCCGCGGGCAGCGAGGGCGGCGGGGCGCAGGCGGCGCACGAGAAGUUCCUGCUCAUCGCCGCCGCCUACGAGACCCUCAAGGAUGAAGAAACACGUAAAGAUUAUGACUACAUGCUGGAUCAUCCUGAAGAGUAUUACAGGCAUUACUACCACUACUACCGCAGGAGACUGGCACCUAAAGUAGACGUCACAAUAGUGAUCCUAGUUACAGUAUGUGCCAUCUCCGUGUUUCAGUUCUUCAGCUGGUGGAGUAGUUACAAUGAAGCUAUCAACUACUUAGCAUCUGUGCCAAAAUACCGUAUACAAGCUACUGAGAUUGCCAGGCAACAAGGUUUACUCAACAAGACUAAAGAAAAAGGCAAGAACAGGAGGUCUAAAGAAGAAAUUCGUGAAGAGGAGGAAGAAAUUAUCAAAGACAUUAUUAAAAAUAAAAUAGAUAUAAAGGGUGGUUAUCAGAAGCCCAAAAUAUAUGAUAUCCUUCUAUUUCAGAUCCUUCUUGCUCCUUUUUACUGGUGCAAAUACAUAGUUUGGUACUGUUGGUGGAUUUAUUGUUUCACUAUUAAAGGGCAAGAGUAUGGUGUGGAAGAGAAGUUGUACAUCAUACGGAGGUACAUGAAAAUGUCUCAGUCUCAGUUUGACAGCCUGGAAGAUCAUCAAAAACAGACCUUUCUUGAACGGCAACUGUGGAUACGGGAAAACUAUGAGGUGUAUAAACGAGAACAAGAGGAGGAGUUAAAGAAGAAGAUGGCCAUUGAUCCCCGAUGGAAGAGAUACCGGCGGUGGAUGAAAAAUGAAGGACCUGGAAGACUGACUUUCAUUGAUGACUGAAAGUUGCUCAACAAAAUGUGUGCUAUUGCUGAAAGUGAUUUGCAAAACUUUUCAUUACACCAUUCAGAGUUUUGUCUGCUGUGGCUUAGCAGUGAUCUAAAACUCAGGAACUAUUACAUCAGGCAGAAACAUAAUACAGGUUUACCAUUUUUAUAAAUCAGACCUAUUAAAACAGGCUCAGCCUAAUGUAUAUAUGCCAUUUACUUGGGGAUAUCAGUGUGGAAUUCAUUAUUCCAAACAAUGUAUUUUUGCUCGAUACUUCAUCAUCAAUGAAACCAUAACUCUAGUCUUUCUGAAAAUGUUUUUAGUUCAAACCUUUGCAAGUCCCAGUUUUCCUCUUUAAGCUGAAGGGUUUCUGCAAGUGGAAACUGAAAAUGCUCACAAAAGAUUCUGAAGCGAGAGCCAUUUUCUGUUUUCUUCUCUUUCCCCUACUUUUCAAUCUAAUUUCUAAGAUGCCAAAUUGGUUGUUUUUCAUGUAAACAAUAUGGGGAUUAUAUGAGACUACUGCUAUUCCUGCUUCACUUGGAAAUUGAUUUUAUUCUUUGUGGGAAUAAAUGAUGCAUGAUUGAUCAUCAUUGUGAUGCAAACAAGCCUUAAUUCUUUGUUCUACAGAGUAAUUAAUGAUACAGUAUGCUUGGAUUUUUGUGGUUUUUCAUCUUGUACAUUGGAUUAUACCUGCUUGUUCCAAACGAGUAUACCAGUGAAUAUUAGUUUAUUAAAUGUGACAUUUCUUUCACCAAAGUAUUGGUUAAAGGGAAAAAUGACCCUUUUGUUAAAAAGGGCAGUUUUGAUGCCUUAUGUAAAUAAAAGUUUAUAUAUGCAGACUUAAUUAGUUUUAAAUUCUAAAUCUUAAAGUAUUCAUUACAUUUAUCUCUUCUGAUCAGACCUCUGAGUACUUAGAAUAAAUAAUACAUAACAGCA